UCCACUGACAGUCCUACAACAUCGAGCCCAAUACUCUCUCUCUCUCUCUCUCUCUGCGUGUCCCAAAAAUCCCUACUUUCACCCUUAAAAUUCCGGCGAGGAUCGCCACCACAACUCUCUCUAUCUGUAAGAAUGUUCAAAAAGUUCUCAUCUGAAGAAGUUUCUGCACAAAAUCAAGUGAAGGCAUCUGUGCAGCGCAAAAUACGGCAAAGUAUUGCUGAAGAGUACCCAGGACUUGAACCUGUUUUGGAUGAUUUGUUGCCAAAAAAGUCACCACUGAUUGUUGCAAAAUGCCCAAAUCAUCUAAAUUUGGUUUUGGUGAACAAUGUGCCACUGUUUUUCAACAUACGUGAUGGCCCUUAUAUGCCAACACUACGACUGCUUCAUCAAUAUCCCAACAUCAUGAAAAAACUGCAAGUUGAUAGGGGCGCGAUAAGAUUUGUUCUUGCUGGUGCUAAUAUUAUGUGCCCGGGGCUAACAUCUCCUGGGGGUGUGUUGGACGAUGAAGUAGAGGCAGAAACUCCAGUGGCUAUAAUGGCUGAAGGAAAGGAAAAUGCUCUAGCUAUUGGAUUUACGAAGAUGUCAGCAAAAGAUAUACGAACAAUCAACAAAGGAAUUGGUAUUGAUAACAUGCAUUAUCUUAAUGAUGGACUGUGGAAGAUGGAGCGUCUCGAAUAAGAAAAAGAAUGAACAGCCGUUGAUGCAUCAUUUAGAGACGAAGUCCAGGCUCCACUGGUUAUUAUUAAAAGCUGCGAAGUUUGGACAUGGAUGGAGAUGUUGACUAGAGGAACUCAACUCUAUUUUCUGACAGUAUAGAUAGGUGAUGAAGAAAGUGCGAGUGUUUUCCAUCCUUGAUAAUGUGAUUUUCUCAUAUUUGAAGCAAAUAUCACUCUAAACACCAUGACUUGUCGGGGUUUGUUUUUCAACUCUUGAAAAUAUUUCUUCUAAAACUUAUUCGAAACUAAAACUGUCUUGCUUAA